GCAAGUGGUAGAGGCUGCUUUCCAUCCCUUGGUCCUCUGCGCCUUCGAGUUUCCCUGGAGCUUCGUUCAGGCAGCCGCUUGCUCCGCCUUUUCCCCAGGAUGCUCCAAGAAGAUCCUCCAGGAGCCUCCGGCGUCACCGUCUCUGCCCCACCAGCCGUUCCUUCAUGGUCCAUCAGCACGCGGCAGCGCGAUCCCACCAUGUUCGGUGGCCUUCGUAGUGACGACGUUGAUGACUGGCUGGAGAAUUAUGAGCGCCUCAGUGAGUCUAAGCCUUGGGAUGAUAUGCACAAGCUUCGCAACGUCCCAUUUUACCUCACUGACGUUGCCAGGACUUGGUUUCGUUGCCAGGACUUGCCAGGAAGUGGGGGACUUGCCUACGCGAUGCCACGUGCGAGACCCUUCCAAAACGUUUCGCGAUUAUUCGCUUGGGCAGGGUGCACGCGCCUUCGCGCCAGAGUUGAUCGCGUACAGAGUUCGUCGCGUCCCGUUAUCAUCCUCGCGCCCCGUACGCCGUUCGUGCGAGACAAAGUCUGCAGCCGCGAGCCGACGAUGGCGGCUCCAUCCAGCGUGCACAAGGGGAGGAAGCGCGCCGUAUUCCCUCGCACGCAUGUCACCGGAGCAGGGCAGGGAGGUAAGGGAGUCGUUGUACAUCGGUCGCGCGCGGUCACGCGGGCUUCAUCUUGAAAGCGAUAUGCUUUGGGUGCACAGUCUAGGUGGGCCGACAGGUCUGCGUGCGCUGUAUUCUGACCGCUCAGUUCGCGUUGAAGCAAUAGGCAGCUACCGUUGAAGCGAGGGAAGAGCAAGGGCCACUUCGCUCGCUGCUGCUACCGGGAUUCCUGACGUGUCCACGGCGCACUCCAUAAAGAACGCACCUUCGGCGAAAUGUGGGUGAAACGGUGUUACGUGUGUCUGUUGUUGGCUGCGGCGGCAAGCUGCGGCCGGGCGUACGAUGUGGAGAGAGCGACUCGCCUAGGGAGAGUCGGAGGAAACCGGCUGGAGCUGUUGGGGCGAAAAGUCGAAGAGUACCGUGGUAUCCCAUUCGCGCAGCCACCCGUGGGCCGGCUUCGAUUCCUCCCGCCCCAGCCAGCGAAGCCUUGGGACGGAAUCCUGGAUGCAACGAGCAGGAGGACCGCCUGCCCGCAGGUUGUGUUGAGCAACUUCUUGGCCGGUGAGAUUGAAUAUACAGAAGACUGCUUGCACCUGAACGUCUGGAGCCACGUUGCACGCGACGAAGACGUUGCGCCAGUAGUUGUGUGGAUUCACGGAGGCGGUUUUACGCAGGGCUGCGCGAGCUACGGCAACUACACCGGGGCAGCCCUUGCUGCCAAGACUGGCCUCGUUGUGGUCUCGAUUAAUUACCGCCUUGGACUUCUGGGUUUCCUGGACGCCAACAGCCCAGAAGCGCCUGGAAACAUGGGUCUUUUAGAUCAGAACUUGGCUCUCAAGUGGAUCCAAGAGAACAUCCGCGAGUUUGGUGGAGACCCGUCUAGAGUGACUAUAUUUGGAGAAAGUGCUGGAGGAAUGAGUGCCCACGCGCACGUGCUGUCUCCCAUGAGCCGCGGUCUUUUCCAAAGGGUGUACAUGAUGAGCGGAACUAUGCACACUCUAGAUUUCUUUGAUGGCGCACACGAGAGUAUCAUCAAAGGUGAUAUUGUUGCCGCAGUUGUAGGCUGUUCGGGUGGAGAUCGUAGCUUGGCUUCCAACCCUGAGGCUGUGAUCGACUGCUUGAGAACAAAGAGCGCCGAUGAAAUCCUACUGGCGGCAAGCGAAGCGCUGGCGCCCAAGAUAUUUACGUUCUUGCCAACCUACCACAAUGAAUUCCUGCCGAAGGUGCCUACCGUGGCCAUCAGCAAGGGAUUCUUCAAUGCCGCCGACAUCGUCCUUGGAGUCACCGAGGACGAAGGAGUGCUAGCGCUCAUGUAUCCUCUUAGAAGCGAGCUCCUGCCGGACGACGUGGAAGGUUUGGAAGACAAAAUGUUUAAGCACUCCCUGCACGAGGGCAUAUUUUCAUGGCUAAAGAUGGACUUUCCGGAGAUGCUGGAAAAGUACACAGCUGAUGCCCAGGACAAAGCGUCUUUGAGGCGCGGCUAUGUUGACUACAUUUCUGACUCUGCAUUCGUCUGCCCGAUGCACUUCACGGCAGAGAAACAUGCUGAGCGUGGUCAGAACGUGUACUCGUACGUCUUUGGCCAUAAGUCAUCAAAGAACCCUCUUCCUUCUUGGAUGGGGACGCCGCACGCUUUCGACAUGAACUACAUCUUCGGUGUGCCUCUUAUUGACCAGGACCGCUUCGAUGCUGAAGAUGCUGAUGUGUCUGAAGUUGUGCUUACGGCGCUGAAGACCUUGGCUGAGACAGGGGUACCGGAGCUACCUAUGCAAACUCCAUGGCCCAAGUAUGCCAUCGACACUCCUGUUUCUGUGUACAUCGACUACAGAAACAUCACCACUAUCAGGGGCUUUCGCAAAGAACAGUGUGAAUCCUGGAGAUCUUGCCUCUAAGGUUGCCAAGACGUUGAAGAACAUCACCGAUUGGUUACUGUUUUACAUCACUGCUGGCACUUUACCUCAUUGUGUUUAAAGACGCCCGGUAAAUCUCUGGAAUGAAAUUAUUUGAACGAGAAAUUGGAAGUUCUCUUUUUAAGGUGUUAUUAUGUAAACUUCUUGCAGACAGUAUAUCUAGCAGGGAUUGCUGAUAAGUGAACCUGUUGAAAAGUUUGAGUGAACACUUCACAGCGCUAUGCCUUUUUAAGCAUUACAUAAAAAAAUAAGCAUUAAAGAAAUCAACUCUUCAAAUUCCACUCUUCAAUAGCAUACUCGCAGACUAAAGGUUGAAGUCACGUACAAAAAAUGUACCGAGUCACUAUGAACACCAAACACUGAAAAUACGAGACCUAAAUUGCACAGAGUAUCCGAAAAAGUGCGUUAUUAGACCUUCUGAGUUUGCCGGAAGCCAAGUAAAAUAGUUAUUUUAAUGGGGAAAAUUUAGAUACUUCAGCUUUACCUGCAGCGUUUAAAUACGGAAUUGACGUUUCCCCCAGAAAUUUUACUACAUUUGGUAAUAAGCCCUAGCUGUCAUUGUUUGCGUGAAAUGAGGUAAUUUGUGUGUUUAAUAAGCGCUACGUCUAUUGCGUGCGUAAUGUAAUAAAGCCACCAUUCUGCGUGUUUGUAAAAGUCAUAUUUUUCCAUCCGCAGAAAGAAAUUGUUUCUAUGACGACACAUUACAUAUACGUAGCGCGGCAAAUGAAAUUAUAGCGACCGUUACAACACUAGCAAAGUAUUUUAACAAUACUGUCACUGAAACUGAAACUGAGAAUUUGAUUACUAGUCUUCCAAAUGUAUAUGGGCAUGCUUAAAAUGAAAGGUUUUCCUUGUUUUAAGUUUCGGUUAAAAUAACUAUGCAUACUAUACAAACUAUACAUUUGGGUAUGGGGAAGUACAACGACAGACGACAUGAACAAAAUAUACAAAAAUAACAAAAAUAACGCGGAGGUCGCCGUGGAUUAUAAGAACUAUCAUACACCUCCAAGAAAGGGUGCAAAGAAUGCGCAAGAAAAAAACACAAUCCCAGUAUGGUUAGUCAACUUUCACGAGAACUGAAAGAAAGGUUAAGAAGCGCGAGAGAUAACUUUUUUUAUGACAAAUCAGCCUCGGAAAGUGUGGCGGUAUCUGUCAAAAGCAGAAAGUCCUCCAAUCAAAUUGGACAUUGCCGGUAUAGUGGUUGAGGAUGCGCGUACUAUGGCUAACUCAUUCAAUACAUAGUUUCAGUCGGUAUUCUCCCGCGCCCACGUACCUGAUGUGCCCUUAUCCGACUACGACUCUGCAGUGCCUGAAGCCCUCAUAACAGAGUCCGGAAUUUUUAAUUUGGUGCUACAGAUAGACGUUAAAAAAUCGCCUGGCCCUGAUAAUUUAUCAAGCACUUUGCUGAAGCGAUACGCGGGUCAGUUGUCCCCCUUCCUGCAUAAAAUUUUCAGUGCAUCAUUUGAAACGGCAGUGCUUCCCGCGGACUGGUUGCGCGCAAAGGUCGUGCCUAUUCACAAAGGUGGGAACAAGCAGCUUCUAGGCACACAGAGGCCAAUAUCCCUAAUCAGCACAUGUUGCAAACUAAUUGAACAUAUAAUAAAUAUGGCUAUUGUGACUUAUCCGGAAGAAAAUAACCUAUUACACUUCAAACAACACGGCUUCAGGCAAGGGCUUUCAACUGUAACUGAACAUUUAGAAAGUAAACAAGAAUUUGCUGUAACAAUAGAUUCAAGACUGCAAGCUGAUGCAAUUUCUCUAGAUUUUUCGAAGGCACUCAACCGCGUUCCACACAGUUUACUAAUCUUCGAACUCAAAUCAAUUGGUAUUAAUCCAAAGACUUUCAUGGAUCGAAGCCUACCUCUCGAAUCGGUCCCAGUUUGUUUGCGUAAAAAAUACUGAAUCGGACUAUCUUGAUGUUCUUUCUGCUGUGCUACAGGGAUUGGUUCUGGGGCCUACUCUGUUUCUUUUAUAUAUUAAUGACUUGUAUACAUGUAUGGAACCAGGGGUUACAAUGAGACUUUUUGCGGAUGACUGUGUCAUAUAGACGAGUGUUCAAACAGUCGAUGAACAGACAAAACCUAAUAAGUCUCUACAAAACAUCGUUACCUUGUGCGAAAAAUGGGGCAUGCAAAUUAACACUAGAAAACUAGGUGUAUGACUGUAAGACCUAAGAAAGAGUCCUUAAAUUUCGCAUAUAAACUAAGUAAUAUUUCGUUGGAAUGAAUAGACUCGGUCAAUUCAUUCUAGGUGUCACAAUAACAAGAUCGCUGAAAUAGGACGUACAUAUAAAUAAUGUUUGCGCAUGCGCGUUCAAAGAACUCGGAUUUUUACGAAGAAAGCUGGCGACAGCCCCCAACUAGGUGAAAUUGACUGCUUAUAAAACCCUGGUUAGGCCGAUAUUAGAAUACGGCAGCAUAGUAUGGAACCCGCAUCAAAAGUAUUUAAACUUGGCAUUAGAAAAGAUCCAAAGCAGGACGCUCCGAUUCAUAUACACAAAGUAUUCAAGGUACGACAACGUAACUGCGUUUCACACAUCAACAGGCUUACCGACACUUGCUGGUCGGAGGAGGUUGGCCUGUUUGAAGUUCCUUUACCUUGUUUACCACGACCUGAUAAACUUAACAAAAUCCGACUACUUGGUGCCACCCGGACGUCACUCCAGUCGAACUAACCAUGAUAAAUGUAUUAGACCUUUCUUUUCGCGUUGCAGCUCACUAAAAUACUCGUUUUUUUCUUUGAACAAUGGACCUGUGGAAUUCCCUCCCAAGUGACAUCGUUUGCUCACAUUCUGCGCAUUCAUUCGUGUGGACACUCGAAUUGCACUUCGAGUAAUUAUCGGAAUGACGACCGCAUUGCGGUCGUCUUGGCUGAGCGUUCCUCAAAAAUUUAUCAAUGACGUAUUGCCCUGCCCCAACUUCUUUCACAGGCCGGUGUACGUACGUUCUACCCGCCAUGGUUGCUCAGUGGCUACGGUGUUAGGCUGCUGAGCACGAGGUUGUGGGAUCGAAUCCCGGCCCCGGCGGCCGCAUUUCUAUGCGGCCGAAAACACCCGUGUACUUAGAUUUCGGUGCACGUUAAAGAACCCCGGGCGGUCAAAAUUUCCGGGGUCCCCCACUACGGCGAGCCUCAUAAACAGAAAGUGUUUUUGGCAUGUAAAACCCCGUAAUUCAAUUUCUUUUCCGUUCGUUGUUUGGUACUUCUCUGCGCUUGGUUCUUGCGCACGUUUGUCCAUUGGAUGGUAUGUUAAUAUGCAUUACACUUGAUACCGUUUCUACAUUACACCGCACAACAAAAUGCAUUUUGUGCUGAUAGCGCCUGUGCCGCGUGUCAUGUGUCUGCGUUAUCGGGCGCUCUCGCCCUGAUGCCUGAAACGUUGUCUGUCCGUGACGUCACUUGUCACAUCAGUGCUUGCUAUAUAGAUAUAGUACUUGCGUGAAAUAAAGGUUGUUGUUGUAA